GCGCAGUCACAGUGAGGAUGAGGAUGAUGAUACAAACUGUAAGCACCAGUGAAAUGUGUCGAGGCAACAUCAGCUUUAAGUUCGUCUUGUGGCAGUGAUUGACAAAAAGCCCGUGAACACACGGUUCAUCCAGCUCCACGUACUGAGUCUCAGCCUCAAACCGUCCCCUUGAUCGGUUCCCAUUUUCGUCCAGACCGGGACUUCGCAGACGUUACGUCGGGACAAUGGAAUCUAACCUGAUCCCGGACAGUGUCCGCCCUCAGCGGCUGCAGCCAGGUAUUGGAUUCGGCUCAGGACCGACUGGUACCCUGCGCUCCUCUCUCCGGCCCGGGGUCACGGUGCCCAUCGCGCCGCUGCUGCCCUCUCCGGCCUCGCUGUCCGCUUGUUCGGGGCCUCCACCGCCGCCGCCUCCGCUGCAGCUCCACAGCCUGUACGGCGGUAUCGGAGCCGGGCUGGGGCCGGGGGGUGCCGGCCACUGUAACCCGGGGAACCCGGCGGUGCUGAAGGAGGCUGUGGAGGCUGUGGUUCGCAGCUUCGCCAAACACACUCAAGGUUACGGCCGAGUAAACGUGGUGGAAGCUCUGCAGGAGUUUUGGCAGAUGAAGCUGACCAGAGGGGCCGACCUGCGUAACGGAGCUUUAGUUGUUUAUGAAAUGGUCCCGUCCAACAGCCCGCCGUAUGUUUGCUAUGUUAGUCUUCCAGGAGGCAGCUGCUUCGGAAGUUUCCAGUUCUGUCCCACCAAGGCGGAGGCGAGACGCAGCGCUGCCAAGAUCGCCCUCAUGAACUCUGUUUUCAAUGAACACCCCUCUCGCCGCAUCACGGACGACUUCAUCGAGAAGAGCGUGAGCGAGGCGCUGGCCUCCUUCAACGGAAACAGAGAGGAGGCCGACAAUCCCAACACAGGAAUCGGAGCGUUUCGCUUCAUGCUUGAGUCCAACAAAGGGAAAUCGAUGCUGGAGUUUCAGGAACUGAUGACCGUGUUUCAGCUGCUGCAUUGGAACGGAAGCCUGAAAGCCAUGAGAGAACGACAGUGUUCCCGACAGGAGGUGCUGGCUCACUAUUCCCACCGGGCUCUGGAUGACGACAUGCGCACUCAGAUGGCGGCCGACUGGGUGAACCGGGAGCAGAGCAUAGCGAGCACCAUAUCGCAGGAGCUGGCCUCCACGGAGCGGGAGCUGGAGGACGCCAGGCUGGCGGGCAGAGAACUGCGCUUUUACAAAGAGAAGAAGGACAUCCUGAUGUUAGCGGUGGGCCAGCUCAGCGCAGUCAACGCUGCCACUCUGCCUUCACACUAAACCCCUGCGCGUACAAUCGUCCACGCAGGAUUCUCGGUAACAGUAUUGAACUUUUCACAGAGAUAAAGAUGAGGCAUCUGAGUUUUUUAUUUUUGUAUCUUGUGUAUCUUAUGCUUUUUUUUUAUGUCGACCAGGUAAUCAGCCCUUGAUUUUACAGUUUGAACAUCUGUCCAUAAAAGAAAAACCCGUUGUUUCACGUUUAUAUCUGUUACCUCUAUGUGCCUAGUGAUUGCAGGAAAACAGUACUUUUUAUAAAAUACCUGUAAACGUGCUCGGUAACUCCUUUCCCCCCCACCACUUUACAACAAAACCUGCCUUUCAUCAUCGUGAAUGUACAGGUCAUGAGGUAAAAUGACCAGACACGUAUGAGGUAAAGAUCAUUCUUAAGUCAGACCGGUGCAUUUAUUUUAUUUGGGUGGCUAUAUUUUAAAUAGUUGAGGUAAUAAACAUGUAAAAAAAAAACUUGCUAAAGAGCGUGCAAACCAGAACACAAACCUUGUGUCCACUAAUAAGCUGAUUUAUUUCUAAAACAGAACCACAGAAAUGGCAAAAACAGCAAUGAAAGGGAUCAAAUAUCA